GGCUGCCAAUUGCUUUUAAGCAAGAGUGAAGCUGCUGCUGCUGGGCUUUGCUCCCACCCACUGCCUCUGGGGGUGAAUCCCGGCUCCAUCACCUCCCUCCUGCCCAAAUGGCCUCUGGGCUCAUGCCAGGGAUGUGCAAAGUGCUGCCACAUCUGUCCCCUCCUGAGCCCAGGGAGCAGCCCUGGAGAGCCCCUGCAGCAGGGGUGUGCCUGGGCAUGCUGCCAGAAGGGCAUGUCCAGAUCAAAAACUCUCCAAAUUACUCAACAACUUUCACUUUUGACAGGAGGCAGUGCAAGAGAAAACAGGUGUCAGGCUGGGACGGGGUGAUAAUUUUUUUGGUUUUCAGACACCUCAGCUGGGAUCAGGGGACCCUUUCAAUACACUUGGUGACAGUCAAGUAGGUCCUGCUCCAGCCAGAGCCCAGGACAGAGCUCAGCAUCUCCAGGUUGUGCUCCAGGGAGGAGGAUGCUCUGUGGUUCCCCCAUCCACUGCUCUCUGCUGGCUUUUGUCAUUUCCACUUUAGUUUUCCAAGUUCCUCAGGGGCACUCAGCUCCACUCACCGUCACUGCACCCCCCGGCCCCAUCACCGUGGCCAAGGGCGAGGACGUGGUGCUGCCCUGCAGCUUCUCCCCGGGGCAGAAUGCACAGGACACGGAGGUGACCUGGUUUCGGGAGCACUUCUCGCCCUUUGUGCAUCGCUACAAGUUGGGCCAGGACCAGUUUGGGGAGCAGAUGGUUCAGUACCAAGGGCGCACUGAGCUGGGGAAGGACGGCCUUGCCAAGGGCAGCGCGGACCUGAGGAUCUUCCACGUCCGACUCUCUGACACAGGGAAUUACACCUGCUUUGUUCGUCGUGGCUCAGAUUACGAUGAGGCUCUGGUGGAGCUCAAGGUGACAGGGAAACAAGCCCAGGAACUCGCGAACGUGGUUCUGGAUCCAGACACAGCCCACUGUGAGCUUGUCCUGUCUGACAAUGGCAAAGGUGUGAAACGACUUGACACACGACAGGACAUCCCCGACACCCCCAAGAGAUUUAACCCGUGGCGCUGCGUUCUGGGCUGUGAGGGCUUCACCUCGGGGAGACACUACUGGGAGGUGGAGGUGGAGAAUGCAGGAGAAUGGAUUGUGGGGAUUUUUAGAGAUGGUUAUUUGUACCUAAGUUGUCACUUGCUCCAGCCAACCACCCAGCAACCUUCCAGCCACUUCCAUCAUUCCUUGUGCCCCUUUCUGCCUGCCCUGAGCCACAUGGGCAGCACUUGUCCCCUUGAGAACAAGGGGUUUGAAGAACUUUCCUGGCAGUGCAGGACAGGGAAGCAGAGGGAUGGGGAGUGGCCUGGCUCCAGCCCACUGCCCGUGCUGCAGGGCAGGGUCCCUGUGCCAGCUGCCCUCAGCCCCUCGUCUGCCCCGGCACAGGGACGCUGCCAGCGCCAUGGCCCGGCCCGGCAGCACCCCAACCACGCGCAGCAGCCGCUGCUGUGUCCCAGCUCAGCUGCCUCAGCAAACUCACACUUCUCUCUUCUUCCUACGGGGUCUCUCCCAGCUCCACUCACCGUCACUGCACCCCCCGGCCCCAUCACCGUGGCCAAGGGCGAGGACGUGGUGCUGCCCUGCCGCUUCUCCCCGGGGCAGAAUGCACAGGACACGGAGGUGACCUGGUUUCGGGAGCACUUCUUGCCCUUUGUGCAUCGCUACAAGUGGGGCCAGGACCAGUUUGGGGAGCAGAUGGUUCAGUACCAAGGGCGCACUGAGCUGGGGAAGGACGGCCUUGCCAAGGGCAGCGCGGACUUGAGGAUCUUCCACGUCCAACUCUCUGACACAGGGAAUUACACCUGCUUUGUUCAACGUGGCUCAGAUUACGACGACGCUCUGGUGGAGCUCAAGGUGACAGCCAGCGGCUCUGCCCCGCUCAUCGCGCUGGAGCGCUACGAGCACGGGGGGAUCCGGGUGGCCUGUCGCUCUGCCGGCUGGUACCCACGGCCCCGGGUGCUGUGGCACGAUCCCCACGGGCGCCGUCUCCCGUCCCUCUCGGAAAACGCUACCCAGGACAAGAACGGGCUCUUUGCAGCUGAGAGCAGCAUCAUCCUCACCAGGGCUGGGAACCAGGAACUCUCCUGCUCGGUGCAGCACCUCCCGCACACACCAGGGCAGGGACCGGCCCUUUACGUCUCAGGUGAGUCGAGGAUGGGGCACGGCCCUGCCGACGGGCCCCACGGAGCUGUGCUGGGCACAGCACCCCCAGGCCCCUGGCAGGACACGUGCUCAGCGUGUCAAGGCCAUUUCCAUCCCACCUGUGCAAACGGCCGCGGCUUUCGGCAGCGUUGGUGCAGGAGUGCUGCCAAAACCCACCGGGGCCGUCUGCAGGGGCCGGUCAGGGGGCAAAGGUACAACCCUCCCUGUGGCAGAGUUUAUACAGACCCCUGGCUGAAAGAAGCACAUUCCCAGAAAGAAAUAGAGGAACAAGCCCAGGAACUCGCCUGGAGAAGACAUGCAGUGCCCAUAGAAGAAGGGAACGUGGUUCUGGAUCCACACACAGCCCACUGUGAGCUUGUCCUGUCUGACAAUGGCAAAAGGGUGACACGAGUUGACACACGACAGGACAUCCCCGACAGCCCUGAGAGAUUUAACGUGUGCCACUGCGUUCUGGGCUGUGAGGGCUUCACCUCGGGGAGACACUACUGGGAGGUGGAGGUGGAGAAUGCAGGAGGAUGGAUUGUGGGGAUUUUUAGAGAAGAUAUGAGAAGGAAGGGUUAUAUUGAGCUCAAACCAGAGGAAGGCAUCUGGGCAGUGGGGAAACACACAGUCAUGAAAGCUUUCACCUCCCCUAGUCCCACUCAAUUUUCUGAAAUCAAGGCUCCCAGGCGGAUCCGGGUCUCUCUGGAUUAUGAAAUGGGACUGGUGGCAUUUUUCAGUGUUGAUGAGGGGAUUCCCAUCUUCGGGUUUCCACGGGUAUCAUUUGGGGGGAAAAAAGUCCACCCUUGGGUCUCUCUAGGUCCUGAGACAUGUCUGAAAAUGUGGCCCUGAUGAAGAGGUGGCAGUAAGAGAAGGGUCUCCAAGGGUGGAGAUCUCGUUACCUCUCUGCACCUCUCUUCCAUGCUGCAUCUCUCCAAGAUCUUUCUCUGAGGCCAGACAUACUGUUCUGCUCCCAGUGCAGAUCAGUGGGAGAGGCCAUGGCCAAGACCUUGUGUUAUGAGAGCACCUCACAUCAUUUCCAGGUGUGGGGAAAAGGGACUUUCUCUCCUGCUUCUGAGGGUGUUCCUUACAGAUGGAGGGUGGAACCAUUGCUUCCUUGUCUCAGGCUCAGUGAGCAUUUGACAUGUAAACCACCCUCUCUCUGUACACUUCUCUUAUUCGUGUUGUUGCUGUUCCUGUUGGUUUUAUGGUAUCAUUGCUGUUUCCAGGGAAUUGUUCUUCUCUCCACCCAUGAUCUUUGCCUUUUGUGCUCUCAACCAGAGGUGGUGGCAGGGGGAGUGAGCAGCAUCUGCUUUGGGAGGGUCUGGAUGGGAGCACUUGAUUGGGGAGCACCAUUCCUAAAACACCACACAUGCUUUCACAGCAGAUCCUCCAUUCCAUGGAGAUCCAGCAGGCCUGGACCUUCCCAAGGGAAGGCUUCACCCCAAGAGAACUGGUAAGGAGGGAGACUUCAGUGCAGGUGGUGGGUUUGUGGCCUAAACUCAGCUCUUGAAAGAAACCUCCAAGACCAAAGUUGUGAGUUUGAGAAGCCAGGCCUUCUUUUAUCAGGGUGCACUGAAGUGACUCCAGCACGCCGGGUGCCCUGGGAAUCAGUUCCCAAAGUGCACCCAGAGGGAUCCUCACCACAGCUCUGUGAUAGUUUUCACACCGGGCCUUCCUGGAGACCAGCUUGUAACCAGGAAGGAACUAGGAAGGUGACCCAGGAAGUAUUCCAUGCUCUUCCUUCAUGUCACCUGGGGUAUCAAUAAGGCAGAGAUA